AGCCAAUCCCCUCGUCAAUAAAUACGCCCAGACCAACCAGAACGAACGCGAAUCCGACCAUCUGGUUCGAUAGUUCCAUUUUUGCACAUCAAUGACGUCUGUGGUGUCAGUCAGCACUAGCUAGUCCAUUCAUCUCCCGUCUUCGGAACACACGGCUCUAAUUAACUUUCGGUAAUCAGCACGUUGCAGCCUCAUUGAGGGGAACAUAUAACAUCUCACCAUGCCCUUUGCUUCUCAGACCAAAUCAUUUAUGCACAAUUGCUUACGAUGGCGUUUUUAAAGUCUCUUGUCCUUUUUGGACUGUUGCAGUUUAUAAACGCUGCGGCGACGAAAUCUUCAGCCCCGAAGAUAAGCUGGGAAGAAUGUCCGUCUUUAAUUCCACCUGGUGUUGAUUGUGGAAAGAUCAAUGUCCCUCUCGCAUAUCAAAGCGGGAAUUCUACCUCUGCCAAAGGAGACGAUACAGUUGAACUGGUUUUCACGCGCUUGAAUCACACAGGCAAAGGCGAGAAACAUGGCGUUCUGUUCUUCAACACCGGCGGACCUGGUGCAUCUGGAGCUGUUACCGUUGCUGGGUCACCAUACGUCUCGGCGAUUUCUUUCUCAGAUGAACUUCGAGAUUCAUACGAUAUCAUCGGACUUGAUCCCCGUGGUGUUGGUGUGAGCAGUCCUGUUCAGUGCGAUCCCAAGGUCUUCAACAAGAGGGUCAAGACUUUUGUUACUACGGAUGAGGAAUACGAUGCGCUAUUCAACUACAGUCGAAGCGUUGGUGAGAGCUGUGCCAAACUCACUGGUCCUUUUAUUAACCAUCUCGACUCCGUCCAUGUUGCGAAGGACCAUGAGGUCGUGCGCAAAGCUCUUGGUGUUGAGAAAUUCAACUACCUUGGCCUUUCAUACGGUACAUUACUCGGUGCAACAUAUGCAUCUCUGUUCCCCAAAUCCGUGGGCCGUAUGGCUCUUGACGCAAACGUGGAUCACUCCCAGUCCGAGAUAGCAACCCUCCUCGCAGAAUCAACCGCCUACGAGACUGUUCUCGAUCAAUUCUUCAAAUGGUGCGAUCACAAUUCAACAUGUGCUCUUCACGGGAAGAAUGCCAGCCGUGUCUGGGACGAGACUCUCGCUCGCGCGGAUUCCGAAGCUAUUCCAGCACCAGGCUGCAACGGAACAUGUCGCUCCGACGUAACAGGUGAAGAGAUUCGAUACAAUGCGCAAGAGUUUCUUACCUUUGUUGAUCUGGACUUUGGCUCUGGAUCUACGUGGGGUGCUCUUGGAGAUGCUAUUCUUCAAGCUAGCAAGGGUAACGCCACUGCGCUAUCGACUUCACUGCCUAGCGGUAAAGUCGUGAAUGAUCCUAGUGGUUCUCCGUAUAGUUACCUUGCUAUCGGGUGUCAAGAUUGGUUGCACAAGUCCAAGACUUCAGUGGACCUGCGUCAAAAGCUCAUCAACGCUGUGACGUUUGCUCCUAGAACAAGAGGUGCCACACAGAUGUAUUACUAUGAGAGUACAUGUAUCGGUUGGCCUGCACCGUUGACGAAUCCGCAAGGACCUUUGGCCGAAGGUAUCAAGGAUGCUCCUACUAUUCUGAUUGCGGCUUCGGUGUAUGAUCCUGAGACGAGUCUUACCUGGGCUGAGGGGGUUAGGGAGCAGUUGACGCAUCGAGUGAGUAUUACGAGGAAUGGAGCUGGACAUACGAGUCACUAUCUUGGAGGCGAUACUAGCAAGGUCAUGGAUCGGUAUUUGGCUACUGGAAAGCUGCCUAGAGAUGGUACAGUCUACAAGACUUGAGUUUCAAGCAAAGUCACGAGAACUUGGAUAAUGUUGGGCGGCUGAUAUUAAUAAUGACGGAAUUGGGGUGGUCGAGUG